GGGCGGGGCUUUGUGAAGGCAUGUGCUGUGGUGGCGGGGGGGGAGGGGGGCUGUCUUUCUUGCUAUUUGCUUUCAUAACGCGCGUUCCUUCCCAGCGGGCCCGUCGGACGGAGUCUUGAUCUCACAAGAACUGAGCAGCUGAUUGUAUAACUUUCGAAGACAUGCUGUCCCCAUUACCUUCUCUUUGCUGAGAGUAUGUGUUACAAGGUGCUAAGGAGGGACUUUGGAGCUGCUUUUACGUUGUGAGAUCAUUCUGUCCUGCAUGGCUAGCACCAAAAUUCUUCUUGCAAUAUUACAGCCAACAUAAUUAAGUAGCGAUUCAAAUGCCUCCUAGCCCUGUGUUGAUUGCGUCAGUCAAUGUCCAAUUUCCAAGUUCCUUUCCAAGUCCAGCCUUGAAGAUGUGGACCAGGGUUGUAUUUUCCCUGUUGCUUUCUUUAUGUUUGUCUGAUCAUGGGAAUUCCAUUUUAAAAGAGAGUGGCGCUGAAAUAGCACACAUAUAUCCGCUCAGUAAUGAAAAGCAUUGUGAACAAGCUUGUAAAGGCUCAACAGAUGAAGAUAAUCCUUACUGCUGGUCGGUGCUGUAUCAGAGCCACUGUGUCCUUCUCCGCUGUCCUCAGCUAAGUGCAUGUCAGAAUACCAGCAGACAAGAUAUUAAAGAGCUAAUGAGAGAAUUUGUGACUCGUAAAAGAAGAGAACAUGAAGCAGGCCACGAGAUAAAUGAUACAGGAAAUACGAAUAAAGAGUUGGAGGUGCUGAAGAGUUCCGAAUCAGUUCAGAAAGCCACAGAAGUGCCUCUUUUAUUAAUAUCAAGGACUACAAUGGGAGCUUCUACAGUCAACUCCACAAACAAUGCCAGUUUGGCAAAACAAAAUACUUCCAGUUUGAGAACAACCACUGCCAGCCUUGUGAAUGCUAGAGUUUCCCAAGAUGUUGCAGGAUCAACAGCCAUAAUCAAUAUUAGUAAUAGCGUGACAAAAAUCCAGAAUAAUUCAACUGGUAGCAUCCUAAAUAACACCCUAAGUAUUCCAAGCAGCCAUCCUUGGUUAACUCCCACAAAAGGAGCAGACAGUACUACUGGCAUUGCAAGUACUACAAAAGCAAAAGGGACACAAGAGAGUAAAUUAAUAUCAGGCAUACCUGAGAAAACAAUAUCAACAGAACCGCUUCCCAGGACUAUGACAACCGCUGCUUUGACUACAAUAGCAACUUAUCCAGCACUUUCCACAACUUUCCAAAAGCUGCAUAGAACUAGCAUUCCUGCACCGGUUAACAUUGGAAAUGGUUCUCAGUCAGUGGUAAACUCAUCUACAGUUGCAUCCACCCUCCAGCCGUCAGCAUCAACAGCCAAAAGCAGGAUUCAUACGCUUGCAAGUACAACCAUGGCAGCAACUUCUGCAGCAACAAUAAAGUCAGCUGAAUUCACAACAGUUACAAAAGACAGGAUAAAGCCCACUUCUGAUAAGGUAAUUCCUCCCGUGUUUACUAAAGCUGCCGACAUCACCACUUCACAGCAAAUAUUGUCUACUAGUCAACCAGUGAAGGGGACAACCUCUGUACAACCCUUGUCAGUGCUCCCAAGUACAACUCCAAAAAUGUUAUCCAAACCAACAAGUACAAUACAAAGCAAAACCCAGGAAGAUACAGAUAAAGAAAAUAGCUUUUGGCAAGUAGAUGUCAAUUUGCUCUUAGCAGUGCUUCUCUUUGGUGUUCUGUUUUUUGUAACAAUUGUCAUCUUAUUUGCCAUACAAGCCUAUGACAGCUACAAAAAGAAAGACUACACUCAAGUGGACUACCUGAUCAAUGGGAUGUAUGCAGACUCAGAGAUGUGAUGAAAUAUAGGUAGAUUCUGAUGUGAAAGCAAUAUAAAUGAAAAGAAAUAUCAUAUCCAUGCACACAAAUAGAAAUCUGAAUCUAUAUGAAUGAAUACGAUUUUAUAGGGACAAAUAGAAAGCUUAAGGUGGCUUGUCAUUCAGUUCCCUGUUUUGCCUAUAAGACCACCUGAAAAUGCUUCCAAAUUCCUUUCUGUGCAAUGAAGGAGAAAUGCCAUGUAUCAUGCUUUUAAAGUACUUUUAAAAAAAAAACCUCAUAGUUAAAGGGUACCAUUAAUGUAUUGUUUCUCAAGCCAUAGUAUUGCUUCUAUAGUGCUGGUUUCGUCUGCUAAUGCCAAGGGGUGUUGGUGUUGCAAGUCUUCCCAGAGGGUUUCUUUCUGAUUCCCGAGGUUCUAUUCAUCUCCCCUGUUUACCCCUAUACAACAAAUGGAGAAAAGGUGUUUUUCUUAACAUGCCAAUUUUCCUGAAAAUUCCAGCUGGCAUGAAGACUGUUAGCUGUUAAUGCAAAGAAAUGGCCAAGGAUUAGCAGCAUUAGCAUCAGUGGAACAGCACAAAAGAGUGCCAAAAUCUUUUGGGACCCUUUCCUUAGGUAUGAUAUGCUUCAUUUAGGUACAUUUUAAAACCUUCCCAGAAUUGCUAAGCACUCUCAUUGCUUUAUCCUGGGGGGAAGCAUUUGUUGUAAGGUUAGAAAAUCUAAUAGUUAAAAAUGUAUUUACCAUAGUCUGUUUAAUGCUAUACUAUUUCAAGUCAUGUUGAUUCUGCACCUUUUAUAUGAUUUUAUUUUUGUAUCCAGUCACUUAAAAAUUGAGGCCUGGAGUCAAUGUCAA